AUGGAGAGAUCUUUGGAGUUGGCCAACAUGACCAGAGUCCAGGAGUUUAUCCUGCUGGGUUUGUCCACAAGACUGGGUGUAAUGGAUGCCCUGUUUGCCAUCUUCCUGGCCCUCUAUGUAUUGACCCUCUUGGAGAACACUCUCAUCAUCUACCUUAUCUGCUGUCACAGUGAGCUCCACAAACCCAUGUACUUCUUCCUGGGCAACCUGAGCUGCCUAGAGAUGUGCUACAUGUCUGUGACCAUGCCCAGCCUCCUCCUGGGGCUGUGGACAGGGCCUUGCCAUGUGCCCUUCACAGCUUGCACAAUUCAGCUAUUUUUAUUUAUAUCCCUUAUUGGCACCAAGUGCACCCUCCUGGCUUCCAUGGCCUAUGACCGCUACGUAGCCAUCUGUCGCCCACUCCACUACCCACUGCUCAUGCGGCCCCAGGUCUGCCUGGGCUUGGCCAUGACUUCAUGGCUUGGUGGCCUUCUGAUCUCCUUGAUCAAAACCACAUGCAUCAUGAGCCUCUCCUACUGUGGCCCCAAUGUUCUCAACCACUUCUUCUGUGAUGUCUCCCCUCUGCUCAACCUGUCUUGCACUCACAUGGCCCUGACGGAGCUGGUGGACUUUGUCUCUGCCAUCAUCAUCUUCUGUGGGUCAUUAGUAGUUGCUCUCUCCUCCUAUGUGGCCAUUGGUAGGGCUGUACUCCGUAUGACAUCAGCUGCUGCCCACUGCAAAGCCCUCUCCACUUGUGCCUCCCACCUGGUUGUAAUGGGCAUCUUCUACUCAGUGGUCCUCUUCAUGUACUCCCGACCCAGCCACAUCGAAUCCACAGACCUCAACAAGGUGCUGUCGGUCAUCUACACAGCAAUCACGCCCAUAUGCAGUCCAAUUAUCUACUGCUUGAGGAACAAGGAGGUCCACAUAGCAUUAAAGAAGACUCUACGCCCACACUGA